AUGCCUAAAGCGCCCAGCGCUCCUCCCCUGCCCUUGAAUGGCUUGUUCCCUAUCGCAAAGCCGUCUGGGCCUAGCUCAAUGAGAUGUAUCGACGAUAUCACCCCGCUCCUGCUCGACUCGAAGCUCUUCUAUGAUCCCGAGCGGAUCAAGCCGCAAGAGAAGCGAAAGAGGAAGCAGAAUUUGACGCAUAUGGGGCUCAAGAUUGGGCAAGGGGGGACUUUGGAUCCGCUGGCGGAUGGUGUGCUGGUCAUUGGAGUGAACAGGGGGACGAAGCACCUAAACCGGUUCUUGGAAUGCUCAAAGGAGUACGAGAGCGAAGCUCUGCUCGGCGCCGCUACGACGACCUACGACUCUGAGGGACCCGUCAUGUCCACCCACUCAUUCGACAAUGUCACUCGGGAAGAUAUCGAGCGAGUACUCGAUCAAUUCCGAGGCAAGAUCAAGCAGACUCCCCCAAUCUUCUCCGCGCUCAAGAUGGACGGCAAGCCAUUAUACGAAUACGCACGCGAGUCCAAGCCCCUCCCCCGCGCCAUUCCCGUCCGGGAAUGUACCGUCUCCAUCGACCUGAUCGACUUCCGCCCUGCCUCCACCUCCCCAAGCGACGGCGGCCACUCCUGGGUUUGGCCCAAAGAACGUCUGUCCGCCGAGGAGAAGACGGUCUUCAAGCGCCUGACGGAUAUCGUACAUCAGGCGUCGGCAUCGACAGGCCAAUCAGAGUCGGAUCCGGCGGUAUUUGAUCUAUCGGCGGAGGAGGUCCCGGAGGUCUCUGCGGUGACUGGGAAACGACCGGCGAGUUUCAAGGUCCGGAUGACCGUCUCGAGCGGGACGUACGUGCGGAGUAUCGUGCAUGACAUUGGGCUGGCGUUGGGGUGUGGGGCGCACGUGGUCACGUUGACGAGGACGAGGCAGGGGGAGUUCCCGCUGUAUGGGGAUGAGGAGAUAUUGGAUGGGUCGGUCAAGACGGAGGAUAAAGGGAAAAAGGGGGCGAAUUCGGGGGUCAAUGAAUUGAUCAUCGACGCCGAACCAGCACCGAACCCCGCACCAUCUGGCCCAAGCGGCGGCUGUAUCCCAUGGGCGGUCUUCCAGCGUGCCCUGGUGGAGCGGGACGAGAUGCUCACGAGGGAGCGAAACGAGCGGGAGGAGGCCCAGCUAAGCCAAGUCGAGGAGGCCAAGCUCAAGGAGAUGUUUUCGGACGAGGCGGUCAUGCGUCGGAGAAGGGAGAGGGACUAUCUAGAGUGGGAGGUGGAGCUGCUCAAGAGGUUCCAGAGCGUGCCUGUUCCGAUUGGCGGGUCUGGCGGGGUGUACCGAUACAAGUAG